AUGGCAAAGAGGCUCGCCCGCCGCCACCCUGUCGCCGGCCCCGUCGCUCCCCCGCCCUGUCGCCGGCUGCGUCACUCCCCCGCCCCGUCACCGUCGCUCCCCUGCCCCGUUGCCGGCCCUCCCCCGCCCCGUCGCCGGCCCUCCCCCGCCACCCUGUCGCCGGCCCCGUCGCUCCCUUGCCCUGUCACCGGCCGCGUCGCUCCCCCGCCCCAUCGCCGUCGCUUCCCCGCCCCGUCGCCGGCCCUCCCCCUCAUCCACGGCCCACCACACAUCCUGGAAUGCUGUGGUGAUGCAGCUGGGGCAGGCAUCGACGACGCCAUCACCGCGGCACACCACGAUGCCGUAUAUGCAGUCUUGAUCUACGUCAGUGGAUUGACGGCAGCGACGAAUGGCUCGAAGCCGAGAAUAAGCAGCAAGACGAUGAUCAUGGCUCUGCCUAACCAUAGGCCAUGCAAUCAAAUUUCGUGGAAUACAAUAGUGCGGCCGUCCAGGCAUCAGCCUGUGUAAUGGCUAUAAGCAAUGCAAGACAAGGGGAGAGAACAA